AACAAACAAUCCCUGAGGCCAAAGAGGUGGCCUUGUCUAAGAGCCCGAGUGAAGAAGAGGUGGAACGAAGGAUGGUUUCCAGGUCUCCUGCCCCACUGCUGUGCGCUCUGGCUUUCUGGACCUGAGCUUCAGAAGCCAUGUUAGAAUUCCUCCAUCCCCUGAGGCCCCCAGAACUUUGGGGGCACUAGGGGCCUUGUUUGAGGCCAUAAGCCUCUUAGACACGUUUUUGGUGCUUCUGGGUCAGUCUAGACUUUGAGCAACCAGGGGUUAAUGUGGACUUCUAGGAGCAGCCAGCACUCCUUGCCCGCACUGGGAAAGCCUGUGGUGUCUGGGCGGUCUUGCUCUGCUACCCAAAAUCACACAUGCAGUCCAACUGGCAUGGACCACCUCUCCUCUGAGCCCAGGGCCAGCUGGGCCUGGAUGUGGAAGGAGUGGAAGUUCCUUCCUCAGAGGAUGCUGGGGUGUGGGGGUAUGGGCAGGGCAUUGAGGGGCUUCUUGGUCUGGGAAUUAGCAAUGACCUGUGCUUAGAUUUCUAUGUGACCAGAAGGCCAAACUAGGGUUCUGUCUAAUGAGGCGGGAGUUGGGAGAGGGUCUAGUCACUUCCCUCGGACAGUUAGGUCAGUCUUCCCUCUGCCCUCAGACUACAUGUCGCCACGGGUUUCCUUUCAGACAGGGCCCCAGAGGAGGCUCUUGGCUCCCCUUGUCUGACAGGCCAGAGACUUAAGUAACGUAGUGAAUUCUGGAGGUUGAAAGGCAGAGGCAAGGGUUGUUGGUUUUCAGGUGUGAAUCCCAGAUUCACCGUCUGGCUGUGGGGCCGUGGACAAGCAGUGCAGCACUCUAAGACUCAGUUUCCUUAGGUGUUAAACUGUUCCUUUGGCGCAGCCAGUUUUGGAGAAAAACGAUUCAAGAGAGAGGCAGUGCGUAGUAGCAAUUCCCCAGGUUAAGACGAGCAGGCGCAGCCCUCGGAGCUGGGACACAGGUAAGUCCAAGGGCGGGUCAAAAGGGCGCCUGGAUCAGUUUCUAUUACCGGCUUCUCUGAGAACGGAGCGCAGCACCCACCACGGGGAACUCCCCGGAGCCGCUCCGCGCACACCUGGAGACCUUUCGGGAUCGGCGUGGGCCGCACACGGCGCACCCUGCCCCGGGGAGGGGCGGGCACUCGGCUGGGCUGGGAGGAGCCCCGAGCAGCGUGGGGAGCGCGGCGGCCCGGAGGGGAGGUAGGCCCGGGCGCGCGGCGGGGCCCGGGAGUUCUUCCGGCGGGCAGGGCCCCGCGGGCUGCUGAGCACAGCUGGCGGGACGCAGGCGGCGCCGAGGGCAGCCGGGCGAGCGCCGGGGCUUUUGCGAUGCCGAGCCGGAGGCGGGGCAGGAAGGCAAGCGCCGCAGCCUCGCCGGGCGCUGGGAGGGGGCACUGCCGGCGAUAGCCCAGGGGUGGCCUCCGGCCCAGGCCCCACGUUCCCCCCGUUGUCGUCUCAUCCUGUGUCAUAGCCCUUCCCCCAGACCUGCGACCACUCCUCCCGGCCCCAUUAUCCCCAGGCCCAGACCCCGCUCUCAUCUGCAGUCCCUGCCGGGCCCCUCUCCUCGAGUCACUCGUCUCUCCGAGCAGCAAGAGCCCCGGACUGGGCCCCCGCAGAAGACACUCGUCAGAACAUUCUCAGCGCUGUCGUCCCAUCCCUCUCCUAGCUCCACCCCAGGCCUGGUAAUCCCGGUCCCCUCUGGCUUACUGUCCCCGGGCCCAGCCCUUUGCUGACCGCAGGCUUAGCCCUAGUCCCUGACCCGCGCUCCUCGCCCGGCGACGCCCCACGACCCGGGAUGCAGCCGGCGGCAGGCAGCGCGGCUGUCAGGGAGGCCGCGGGCCGCGACGUGCUGGCCGCCGACCUCCGGUGCAGCCUCUUCGCCUCGGCCCUGCAGAGCUACAAGCGUGACUCUGUGCUUCGGCCCUUCCCUGCGUCCUAUGCCAGCCACAGCUGCAAGGACUUUGAGGCCCUGCUUGCAGAUGCCAGCAAGUUACCUAACCUGAAAGAACUUCUGCAGUCUUCUGAAGACAAAGACAAACAGGCCUGGGACCUGGUGAGCUGGAUUUUAUCCUCAAAGGUCCUAACCAUCCACAGCGCAGGGAAGUCAGAGUUUGAAAAGAUCCAAAAGCUGACUGGUGCCCCUCCCGUGGCUGUCCCCGUGCCGGACUUCCUGUUUGAAAUCGAGUACUCCAGCCCGGCGAAUGCCAAAUUUUAUGAGACCAAAGGAGAGCGAGACCUAAUCUACGCCUUCCAUGGGAGCCGCCUAGAAAACUUCCAUUCCAUCAUCCACAAUGGCCUGCACUGCCACCUGAACAAGACAUCCUUGUUUGGGGAAGGGACCUACCUCACCAGCGACUUGAGCCUGGCCCUCAUUUAUAGCCCCCAUGGUCACGGGUGGCAGCACAGCCUUCUUGGCCCCGUCCUCAGCUGCGUGGCCGUGUGCGAGGUCAUUGACCAUCCAGACGUCAAGUGCCAAACAAAGAAGAAGGAUUCCAAGGAGAUAGAUCGUAGGAGAGCGAGAAUCAAACACAGUGAAGGGGGAGACAUCCCUCCAAAGUAUUUUGUGGUCACCAAUAACCAGCUCCUGCGUGUGAAGUACCUGCUGGUGUACUCACAGAAGCAGCCCAAGGGCAGGGCUUCAAGCCAGCUCUCCUGGUUUUCCAGCCAUUGGUUUGUGGUCAUGAUUUCCCUGUAUCUGCUGCUGCUGCUCGGAGUGAGUGUCAUCAGCUCCUCAGCUUUCCAACACUUUUGGAAUCGUGUGAAGAGAUAACCUCUCCGGGCCUGGUGUAGGGGCUGCCUCAACAUGUGCCUUCUGAUAACUUGUUCUGUACCUUCUGUGCCCCAUGUCCAGCCAGACUGAGCCUGGGGGCCAACUGGGGACUGCGGGACAGACGCCAUAAAUGUAUCGGUUGCCUUUGAUGAUGUUCCCAGCCACGCUCUGGUCAGUGGGGACCACUGGUCCAUCAGUCUCUGGUUUCAGGGGAGCCCUUCUGUCUGCUCCUUCCUGAACAGUCCUAGGGAGUCGGUUCUUCUGCCAGGGCCAAGGGAAAAAGCCCUGCUGCAUUGAAAAACAAAGUGUCUAAGCUGUCAGUGAUGUUUACAAUUGCUCCUGGCAGAUGUCGGCCCUUUCUCUAAUGCCUUUUGGAAGGCGGAAAAUGUGUAGUGGGGACUAUAAAUCACUAGGCGGUUGCCUUGUUUUGACUUGAGACACCCAAGAGGAACGGUCAUGUUUCUCAUAAAAAUUGAUGGGCUCGUUUUUGAAUUCCAUCAGCCCUUGUGUGUGAGUGCAAAACAUUUUCACAGUUUUCUCAAAUCAACAAACAGCCUUUUGCUACAGCUGUAAACCACCCUACGCCCGCUCAACUGUGGAUGAGAAAGGAAGGAGCCAGAGACCUGAUAAAUAAAUAAUGAACUUAAUGAGCAACUCAAGGCAUCUUUUUCUAAAAAUUCCCAACUGCUGAUUACAGCUGAAAUGGAACCAAAUGUUUGUUUUCUGAUUGAAAAAAAAGAAAAUAGCUAUUUGACAAACUCGUCUUUGUGAGCUAAGUAAAAGGGGAAAUUUCUAAACCUAGAGCACUGUUUAGCCACUGUCUACAGCCUCUUUCCUGGCCGUGUUUUAGAGAAAGGCUUUGAGCUCAGGCCUGCCUCCUGUUCUCGUUCUCACGAAGCUGCCUUGAUUGUGGCCUGUCAGCCACAAGUGCCACGCCACAGGCCUCUGUGGGCUCCAGUGUUCGAGACGGAGGCCUGCUUCAGUAUGCCACAGAUGCACUUGGACUGAGCCUCUCAAGAGGGUCACAGGUCUUUGGGAUUCAGCCUUGGCUUUACCUGUGCAGGAAAAGCCUCUGGCCCCCCAGAGACCUGGGGUUCAAUGUGCUGUAUUCUGUGCCCCUCCUUCCUGCCCUGUUUCAACCAUAAUGGCGCCCUAUCUGAUGUGGGAGGUGGUUGGGGGCAGAUUUCUGUAAAGAAGGUAUAUAAUCAUUUUUCUAUAAUUUGUGAAGUUGUGAAAAAGUCACUAAAGUGCUUUUUACAUUGAAUAUUGGAACAUUUCAAAUAUAAUAAAGGUAUUUUCCUAAUUA